GGAGGAAGAAGGACCCAGAGGGGGGUGACGUGUGUGUGUCCCCUUGUGCCUGCCCGUCUGCCUGCACCCCAGGAAUGGGGGCCCCAGUAACCUGCCUGCUGCUGCUCCUGCACCUCACAGCUGGGACGUCUGCAGAGCCGCACUAUGUGGUGGUGAGCGCAGCCGAGCUCUACCACCCGCACACGGGGACGGUGUCAGUUCAUCUCGGCGACCUCAACGAGACCGUCCGGGUGAGCGUCCGGCUGGAGAGGGGGGAUGGGCCCAGCGCUAUCACCCUGCUGGAGAGAGAGGUCCGGGAGCCCCGUCUGCACGAAAACGUGCGCUUCCAGGUUCCAGCCCCGUCCGGGGGGCAGCAGGAAGUGGCAGAGCUGCACGUCUCGAUCCGGGGAGAUGCCCUGCAGUUCUCUGAGCGGAAGAAGGUGCUGCUGCGGGCGCUGCAGCCCGGGACCUUUGUGCAGACGGACAAGGCCGUCUACAAGCCGGGACAGACAGUGAAGUUUCGAAUCGUCAGUUUGGACAAAGACUUCGUUCCCAGUACCCGGAAGCUGCCCCUGGUGACCGUGCAGGAUCCCAGCGGGAACCGCAUCGCCCAGUGGCGAGAUGUGACUCCGCAGCAGGGCAUUGUGGAUCUGUCCCUCCCGCUGUCUGCAGAGCCGGCCCUGGGGACGUACGGCAUCGAGGCGCAGGGGACGAGGCACUCGUUCAGCGUGGAGGAAUACGUGCUGCCCAAGUUCAAAGUGACCCUGGAGCUGCCCCCCGUGGUGACGGUGCUGGAUGAGACGCUCCUGCUGCGGGUGUGCGGCCGAUACACCUACGGGAAGCCCGUCCUGGGGAGGGUCCAGGCCAUCCUGUGUCUGGAGGAACAACAAGCAUAUCCCUGGUACGGGGCUCGGUGCACGGAGCUUACUGGCCAGACUGACAGCAACGGCUGCUUUUCCACAGAGGUGGAGAUGGCUCCCUUCAACCUGACCCACUCUGGCUAUGAGAUGAGCCUCCAGGCCCUCGCGUUUCUCAUGGAGGAGGGGACAGGGGUGAAGCUCACUGUGACCAAGAGCUGUGACAUCGUGUCUGAAAUCGCUAUGGUGACCUUUGAGGACGCUGACAAGACUUACAAGGCUGGAAUCCCCUACACUGGCAAGAUGCUCCUGAAGGCGGCAGGUGGCUCUGCGCUGAAAAAUGAGAAGCUGCAGCUCUUUGUUAGCUCUGGGGAUGAGAAUAAGAACCAGACCUUCUUGACGGACGAGUCUGGCAGAGCCUCCUUUGAGCUGGACACCUCCGGCUGGACCGGGUGGGUCACUCUGAGGGGGCACUUCAAGCAGGUGAACGACAGCGCUGAGCAUGACAGAGUCUCUCCUAGUUACUGGGAUGACGAACGUUACCUGAAGCCCUUCUACUCCAAGAGCCAGAGUUUCCUGAAAAUCCGCUGGCUGGGAGGGCGGCUGCCCUGCGACCAGGCCCAGCAGCUCCAGGUGGAUUACGUCAUUGCUAGGGAGGCCCUGGGGAACGGGUCCAGGAGCCUGGAGUUCAUCUUCCUGGUGAGCCCCAGCCUGGGAGACUAA